UCAUAAAAGUUUCUACAAAUGGAUUUGAUCAACGAAGUUAUCGAUGAAGAUAAACUUGAUGGUUGUCUACAAAACAUUAUCUUACAGGAUAGCUUAAAAUGGAUUUUUGUCGGUGGCAAAGGAGGCGUUGGUAAAACUACUGUCAGUUGUGGUUUGGCCAUUCAAUUAGCUAAGGUCCGCGAAACAGUUCUAAUAUUAUCAACUGAUCCAGCACACAACAUUUCCGAUGCUUUUGGACAACAAUUCACUAAAGUACCUACUAAAGUUGAAGGUUUCAAUAAUUUAUUUGCUAUGGAAGUAGAUCCUAAUGCUGAUGGUGAAAAUGAAACUUUAUUUGGACCUAACGACGGAUCUGAUACAAUACGGUUAUGUAACAGUAUUAUGAAAACCAUGUUAUCAGCAUUCCCAGGUAUUGAUGAAUCCAUGAGUUAUGCUCAAAUAAUGAAGUUGGUUAAGAGUAUGGAAUUCACAGUAGUUGUAUUUGAUACAGCUCCAACAGGACAUACUUUAAGACUACUAACAUUUCCUUUUAUGUUGGAAAAAGCUUUAGGAAAAAUUUUGGAGUUCAAAGAUAGAAUAAGUCCUUAUCUAAAUCAAAUAAGUAUGCAUUUGGGAUCUGGUAUUAAUCUAGAAGAUAUAGCACAAAAAAUUGAAGAAUUGUUGAGUACCAUUAAAACUGUUAAUCAACAAUUCAAAAAUCAUAAUAAAACCACAUUCAUUUGUGUAUGCAUUGCUGAGUUCUUGUCGUUGUAUGAAACAGAAAGGCUUUUUCAAGAAUUAAACAAAAAUGAAAUUGACUGCCAUAAUAUUGUUGUUAAUCAAUUAUACACAAACAAUGGAGAUUCAGAUCCCAAUUGUAAAAAGUGUUCUUCCAGAAAGGAAUUACAGCGCACCUAUCUAGCACAGAUAAAUGAUUUGUAUUUUGAUGUCCACGUCACUAAGCUUCCAUUAUUAGAAAAGGAAGUACGAGGUGUUCCUGAUUUAACAGAGUUUUCUAACCACUUAAUGUUCCCAGAUUAUGAUCCUUCCCGUAAUGUAGAAUAA